AUGGAGAGAUAAAAGACUAAUAACAUCAACGACUAAAUCUUAGAAAGUUAGUUCAUGAAGUCUUAGGAAAAGAGUUAUUAUGAAAGUAAUAAAUAGAAGUAAUAUUAAAAGGAGUUAGAAGAAAAAAAAUAUGAUAGCAUUAUUACAAAACUGUAAAAGAAAUGUCUUUAAUUCUACUUCAAAGAAUAUUAUAAACUACUAAAUACUUUCAAAAGAUCUAAAAUGCUCUCUAUUUUUAUAAUAUUGAUAUUAGAGUUGCAAAAUUUUUCUAUUUCUUUUUACGAUGGAAUUGGAGGGGAGAAUAAAUAAGGCUUAGGAACAUAUUUAGCAUAUUUCAGAAUACAUCCAUUAAUUUCAAGUGCUAGUACAUUAUCUAAAAGCAAACUAAUUGCAAUUUCCUAAUAUAUAUUCUUAUUUAUCAUAGUGCUUUCUAUUUCGUCUAUUAUUAUGCUAUUUAUUCUGAGGUUAUUUAACAUGAAAAUCAAUAAGUAGAUAAAAAAUUUAAUAGUUUUAGUAGGUUCAUUCAUCAAUAAAGUUGUAAUUAUUAUAGCAUAUUUACCUGUUUUGGAUUAAUAUUUUUUGAUUGCAAGUAAUUAUACCAACUACCCUCAAUUAUUAGUAUUGUCUAAUGUAAAUUUGAUACUUUACAAUAUCUGGAUGUUUGGCUACAUACUACAUGAUUUUGAUUACAGUUUUAUAAUUGAAGACCAUAUGUCUAAAAGAGAAAGUUAUUGGACAUUUUUCAACAUUUUGUAUUACUUUAUCUAGGCCAUUAUUAUAAAUACAAGCUUAACAUGGUAGAUUCCUUUAAUUAACUCAGCAAUAGGGCUAUUUAGAAUGAUUGAUUAUUUAGUAGAAAUGAAUUACUUUUCGAAGCCAAUAAGUUCUCUGGUUUCAUCUCUCAGAUCAAUUAAUUUUAUAUUAUCCUUAUAUAUUUCUAUAUAUAGCUAUUAAUCUUUCAAUGAGUCAAACUAUAAGCUUGAUUUCUUAAUCAUAGUAAUGUGCCCUAUCAUUAUGAAGCUAGGUUUGUUUGUUUAUCGUACCCUCUAUGACUUUCUUACACAAGAUAAAGAGUUUCCAAAAAGAUUCUAAACAUUUGAUCUUAAAAUUAGAAAUAUGCUUUCAUAUACAUUUCUUGAUUACGAAGAUUAUCUUAAGAAAGGAAGUGGCAUACAUUUCGAGAGUUUCUUUACAAAUCACAUUUCGAGUUGCUAUUUAGAAGAUUGCUACUGUAAAAUGUUUAUCAAAGAUUACUCUGUCAACGAAUUACUAAGUUCAAAACUAAGAGAAAGAUACAUGCAAUACUACACAAUAAGCUAAUUUCAUACAUUUAUCAACAAAAAAUAAUCCAAUUAAUCUGAUAAGAGAGCUAAAUUUCUGUUUUUUGCUUACUUGAUUGAGAUAGUUAAAAUACCCACAAAAGCAUUCACAGAAAUUGUUUAAAUGAAAUACUCUAACAACUACUCAUCAUUAAAAGAGUAGUACAUUUUAGAAUCGAUAGUUAAAAAGGCAAAAGUAAACUUUAAAGGCUAUUUUAAUUCUAACUCAAAUUAAAACUAAAGGAUUAACAUGAUGAGUGUAAUUGACUUUGAUGAAUUAUUAUUCAAAAUUACAAAAGCUAUUAGAUGCAUCUUAGUAGAUUGUCGAGAAUUCUUUAAUUUCUUAAGCUAGGAUUAUUUUACACUUAAAGUCUUACAAUAAAAAGGAAACAAAUUGAUACAGCUUAGAGAUUAUGUGGAUAAAAUACUGAAAAUUUUAUUUAAUUUAAAUCCAUUCUCUAGAUAUCUUUACUUUAUAACAGAAAUAUUUUUGGAUAAUUUUAAUUUUAAAGGAGUAAAGAUCUCAAGUUACAUAUCUAAGAGUAAUAGAAUUUCUCUUUAAUCUUUAAGCAAAGACGAUUUGACAAUCAAUCUUUAUAAACCUAACAGCUGCAUCAUUUAUAUCUCAUUACUAAAUCCAAUAGGAAAAAUUAAUCGUGUGACUUCAUCUGUUGAAACUAUUUUUGGCUAAAAAAAAGAAAAUUUAAUUGGAUAAAACUGCGGAAUCCUUAUGCCGUUUAUAAUUUAAAAGUUUCACGAUAAGUUUUUAAGUCAUUUUAUUGAGAGAGGUAUCUCUAAAUAAAAUUUAGAAAACUAAAUGAGUAUUGUCCUUUGUAAAUAAUAAAAUGGAUUUAUAUUUCCUAUGAUCAAAAGGAUAAAAAUUGAUUAAUUUACAGAGAAAGAUUUUGGUGUAUGUGCGUUUUUCGAGUAGAUCAACAAUGGAUAUGACUAUAUGCUUUGUAAUAGAAAAGGAGCAAUUUAAGGAAUUUCCUAAAAACUUUUUGAAGAUACAAUUAGCAAAUUUUUAAAAUCACCUGAUAAAUUGGCUUAGUAUGAUAUUGGUAGGUUAAUACCUAUUACCAGUGGCUUAAUUGCUAAUCAUUUAAUUUAAGAGUAAGUAGAAUUAACAACUGUAAUGAUCCUGCCUCAAAAUGAAAAGUAUAACAGCUACUUUUUUAAGUACAAAAAUCAUCCUCAAGAUUAAAUUGUUUAAUUUAUGAGAAAUAUAGAUAAGCAUGAUAAUGAAUUCCUUUAUUAUGAGGUAUCUAUUAAAAUUAUGAAGCAAGAUACUUAGCUGAGAAAUUUGAAUUACUAUUAUGUAGAAUUCUAAAGAGUGAAGAAAAUAAGGAGAAGAUUUGAAAGGACUGAGAUGAUUAAUUCUCUUAAAAAGGAACUAAAUUAUAUUUUUUCAAAAAAUAUCAAAGUUCAAGAAAUUGAUUAAAUGGUGCAUGAAAUAGAAGCAUACACAGAAGAUAGCCCUUAUUUAGAGCAAGCUAAACAAAAUCAUAUGCAAAAUUAAAAUAUUUUUAAAAAUUUGCAAAGAAAUGUUAAAUCAAAUAUUUUAUCAUUAAAAUUUUCAAAAGAGUUAAUGAAAUCAAAAAGAUCUUCGAGAAAUGAAAGGAUGUCAAGUGAUGAUCAAUUAAGUAUUGUUGGAACAGAGGGUGGAUCAUAUGCACAAAAAGAUUACAGAGAUGAAAAUAAUGAUUCCAAUAUCAUAAAGCAAUUAUAUUCUGAUAAGUCUAGAUAUCUUAAUGAAUACAACUAUUCUUCUACAGUGAACGAGAGAGAAACUUACUUUAAAGAUAAUACACAAGGCUCAUCAAAGAGAUCAAACGAGACUUAUACCUUUAAAAAAAAUAAAUUGCUCCAAAAGAAUUCGAUAAAAUUGCAGAAGGCAUAAAAUGAAGAUGGGUAAGAUAUGUUUAAAAAAUAAUACAAUAUGAAUCCAUUUGCUAGCACACCAUUACCACCAUCUGAUUCCGAAAUUUUAAAUGGAAAUAGUCUUUAUAAAUAACAAAUUUUAUCUUCUGAACUUAUUAAUUUUGAUGAUUAAAAUAGCAAAUAACAAACCAAAUAAUAAAAUUAGUAAAGGUUUUUUAAUUCUAAUUAUGAAACUAACAUUUUUAGCCAAGUAGAUCCAUAAAGUUUAGCUUAACUUUAUUAAAAUGCUUAAACUCCUCAAAAAGAAAAAACCAAAUAACUUUAGGGGCUAAGUAGUUUAAAUACUUAAAAUAACUUACUCAACUUAUCUAGUGCAAUUUAUAAUGAUCCAAAUAGCAACAUGAGCUCUAAUUUCUUUUCCCCUUAUGCAAAUUAAUUUUAGUUUUCUGAAUAAAGAUAGCAGCCAGCAUUCUUUGAAAAGAAAAAAGGACUUUAAUCUGGUUAAACCUCUUAGGUUUAUGGUAAUCUUAAUGGGGAUGUAUCCAAGAAUUAUGGAGAGUUCAUAGAAUCGAAUGCAAGUUUUUAAAACAAUUAUAACAAUUCUAACUUUAUUUCGCUUUUAAGUAAAAAAAAUGCAGUUCAAGAUUUAAAUGAAAUAGAUUAUACACAAAUAAAUGCCAAUUUAAACAUUGAUUUUAAUAAGAAUAACCCACACCCACCAUAAGAAUUAAAUGAAAUAUAUUAAAUAGAAAACAUUGAAUAAAGAAAAUAGGAUUUUUAAUAAUAAGAUUCAUAAAAUGAGGAUUAAAUCGUCAUUAGAAAGAAAGCAACUUCUCAAAUAGAAUCUUUUCCGAAAACUGCUUCUGGUGGUUAUUUAAAUAGCUAUUCACUCUCAGAACUUAAUAACUCUGAUCAAAAUUCUAAACUCGCAUAAGGAAAGUAAUAAGUCUAAAGUAAUCCUGUACUCAAUAAUAUAAAUUCAUAGUAGUUGAUAUUAGUUAAAGAAGAUGAUGAUGAAGAAGAUGAAAAUUAGGGAUCUAACAAAGUUAAUAGCAUCCUUUAGAAUUCAGUUUAAACAAAAGAAAAAGGCACAGAUUAAAAGGGAAUAGUCAGUACAGAUAAUAAUCUUCAGGAGGCUAAUGAAAAAAAUUUUAAUGACAUCAACUAAAUUUUUUAAGAAACCAACAGCAUACAUUCAAGUAUGACUUCAAGCCACUCUCGAAAGUUAAUUAUCAUUAACGCCAUUUACUCUAAAAAACCACCUUUUGUAAUAUCUAGUAUAAAUUGGUUUGGAUUCUUGGCUUAUAUAUUUUUAUGUGCAACUACUAUUGUGGUGUUUGCACAGCUUAUAAAACAAUUCAAUUCUGUCUAAAUAAAUUUUGAGUAAAUGACUAUACCUCCUUUGCUAGGAUAUUACUUUAGUCAGACGUUAGCUGAUAGAGAAUUUGUAAGGAUAACUGCAGAUUAUAAUUUUUUUAAAUAUUCUAAUACAGAAGUAGCUUAAAUAAGGAAAUAAUUUCAAGAUUACCCAGUAAUUGAUCUUAACAACUUUAAAGAUACUUACUAUAUAGCUGUAGUUGGUGAUAGUAGUAAUAAUUUCAAAACAACUUCAUUUGCUGAGUUUAUAUCAAGUAAUACUAUUAAGUAAUCAGAUGUUAAUAGUUCAGGAGAAGUAGCUAAGCCAACAAUAUUAAAGUUGUAAAUCGCCUUAGAAUAGCUAAUAUAUUAUCUGUUUUAUUAUGGCUAGUUAAAUGAUGGCAAUUCUUCAAUCUAUACUAUUGUAAACUGUUUCUAAUUCUUAGAAUAAUUCAACUUGCUAGAGGAAGUUUCAUAUUAAGCAUCGAUCAAUGAUCUUUAGAGUGUUAAGAAUUUACUCAUUUCUACACUAAUUAUUAUUGAAAUUGCUGUUUCAAUAGUAGUUUUUACAAUAUUCCCUAUCUACCACAUUGUUGUGAAAAGCAAAGAAAAGCAAUUAAAGUUGAUAGGAUCAUUUUCUUAGGAUAAAAUAAAUGUUCUCAGAGAAAAAAUAGAUGUGUCACUCAAUACGAUUAUUUCUAAAGAAAGAUUCAAAAGUGUACAAAUAAAGGUUAAGGAAAAUUCAAAAAGAAGAGCGAUAUCAUCCACAGACACACUAUCUUCAUUUAGCUGGUUAUUAGUGAUUUUUAGCAUACUUAUUUUAGUAUUGAUAUCACUUUAUCCUUGCUUUAAUAUUAUUUUUACUUACACCUAUGCAGAUGAUUUUAAUAAAAAUUUGAAUGAACUAAGAUACAUUUAUGAGGCAAAAAAAUAGCUAUCUGCAAUUUAUUCUUCAAACUUUGCUAGUUUAACAACAGCAUUAUAUACUAAAUCCUUGAGCUCAUCUUUAGCAGAAUAAUUAGAUGCUAUUAACUCAAAUAGCUAAAACACAAUAAAUGGACUUUAAGCAGCUGUUCAAAGUUUAUAAUUUUCUCGAAAUUAAAUGGGAGAUUAUAACAAAAUUUUAUUAGACAUAUUAUAAAAUGAUGCCUGCACUCCUAUUCUUAAAAUUUUAGAUUAUGUAAGUGAUUCAAGCUAGGAUAAAAAAAAUUUUAAUAUAACAUAAUGCUAGCAAAGCUACAACGGUAUCUUGCAAAAAGGACUUAUUAUUACUAUGCAGAAUAUCUUGUAAGGUUUAACUAGUCUAACUGAUUUAUAUCAUUCAGCUAGCUAUUAGGAUUAUGCUAUAGCGGUAUUCAAAUUUUAAGACAUAAAAGAUUUCUACUAAUUUCAUCAAGUAGAAGUGAGUAUAAAUAAUUUAAUCGAAAUAGUCAAGCUCUAUAUGAUAAAUAGAGGACUCAAUUAUUUUUAGUUCCUUUAAAAUCUACAAAUUUAUUUUUUCAUUUACUGCUAAAUAAUACUCUUUAUUAUUUUCUUUGUUGGCUGGACUUUCUUUGUCUACACUAUGAAGAGUAGCUUACUAUAAGCUAAAAAACUUAUGAGUCUUUUUCCACUUGAAUACAUUCUAGAUAACCCCUACAUAAUGUCACAUAUAAAUCAAGAAUUUAGUAAACUUAAAGAAUCAAAGUGA